CCCAACCUCCCCACCACCAUCACCACCCUCGUUACUACCUCUUCUCUCCACAUCCCAUAUACCCACCUUCUCCCACACUCCCAUCUCUCAGAUUCCUCCCUCUUUCAUGAAGCGUGGGCUUUCUUCCAUGGCAGAGGACGACGACUCCAAGAUGAAGAAGUUAAAGGUCGAAGAAGAAGCAGAGGAAGGUGGCGUGGUUGAAGGACCAGGGCUUACGAAUCUGGAUGACAAUCUGAUGUUCGAGGUGUUCAAGCACGUAGAUGCGAGAACACUCGGGAUGGCGUCUUGUGUGAGCAAACAGUGGCACAAGACGGCACAGGACGAGCGGCUCUGGGAGCUCAUCUGCAGUCGCCACUGGGCUAACAUCGGCUACGGAAAUCAGCAGCUGAGAUCUGUUGUUCUUGCUCUCGGUGGCUUCCGCAGGCUCCACUCCCUCUACAUCUGGCCUUUCACCAAGCCCCCUUCAUCUUCUUCUUCAGCUGCUGCUUCUUCUUCAGCUCCGUCGUCGUCGUGGGCUGCGGCGGCUCCGCUGAAGCCGGUGAUGGCCGCGAAGCCGCACCCUAGGUGGGGGAAGGAUGAGGUGAAUCUUUCGCUCUCGCUCUUGUCAAUUCGGUUUUACGAGAAGAUGAGUUACAACAACCGAAGCCAAGGAAGAUGAGGAGUUCAAGCUCAAGAUUCACAUAUAUAAAUAUAAUUUCGUAAUUUCCGUUGGAGUUUUCCAUUUUAGCAUCUGAAUUUAAUUCUGGGUUUUUGUACUUGGAUCUGUACUGUAAUGCUUGGUUGACUUUUCCCAAGAUUGUUGUAUAUUAAGAGAGAUGGGAGUUUCCCGA